AUGAAACACUUGCCGGUUCUCACUCCCAUACCCAGAAAUCACGAAUCGCCGGUUCUUCUGACCAGUUGCUUGUGAUUUCUCGUCGAGCACGUGCCUAAUCAUGUGAUCGUCUCGGAAGCUGAAUACGAGAAGCAACAACAUGAACAACAACAGCAGCAACCGCACAGUACAGCGAUGCCCAUUCAUCGUUCGCAACUGAUCGAGGAAGCUCGGGCGGCUUGUAAACAGCAAGGCGAUUCGUCAUCCGAAGCUCGCGGUGUUGCUGGUGCUGGGAUUGCGCUGAGUGACAAGGCCGAGUGUUCACUUCUCGAUUGGAUCUCGGUUAACAGCCGACUUUGCGCUGUACGUCUGGAUGGUUCAGUAUGGGUCAACAGCUGUUACGUUUUAAUCUGA